AUGUUGUUUGACGUGUACUCGAUAUUCCUUCUCAAGAAACUUAUUCAAGCUCUUAAUCUUGGCUCUUUUGAUACUGACAAGUCACUGGCGACCUCGCCUUCUCAAGCUCUGCAACCCACUCGGGGUGAGGAUGAGGAUUUGGAGAUGGAUGUUUUCACUGUAAGCCGCUCAUACAUUUCCGCGAGAAACGAUAUCACAACAAUUGAUGUUACUAGCUUGAGGUCAACGAGACAUGUUCCGGAUAAUAAGCAAAAGGAUCUUGUCAUUUCGGACAACCCCUUCAUGAACACAAUCGCAGAACCUGGUUUUCUCGUUGAAAGUCUGGCUACGAAGUCAUUUACUCGGAAUGAGCCGUCGUCCCAUGAAACCAUAUCCCAAGAGCCCGUUUUGACAUCUUUAUCGGCCUCACCUGACACUGAUGAGCUGAAGUUACCUUUUGAUUACUUAUCCAGUUUCUCGAAAGAAGUGACUAUAUUUGUUACAAAUCAUAUCGACUGGUUCCUCUUCUUUGUCUUAUUUAUCAUAGCGUUGCCUUUUUAUUACAUCCGACGCCUUCAUAUAAUGCUAUUCUACCAUCUAAGCAUAACGGUGUUAGCUUACUUUAUUGCCUUACUAGUUCCUGUUAAGAUUCCUCAAUUGAAAAAGUUUGCUCACCCAAUUUUAGUUUCCACUGCUGAAAUAUUAUUUAUUUGUUUCAUCGGGUCACUAAUCUAUCAUCGGGGACAGCCCAAAGGUUUUCUCGAAGAUUUGAAAUACUAUAAGACCGGAAAGACGUACCUUCAUCUUUUUAAUAAAAAAGGAAUGUACAAUAAUGGUGAUACAAUCCCGGAAUCCAAAGAUGGCUUUACAGUGGUUCCUCUUUGGCCAGGCUGUGGUGACAUCCUUUCGUCAUUGAUGGAUAUAUCCAUCGUUUCCUUAUCAUUACCCAUGUUCACGCAUAGACGUGAUUUCAUUAGAAAUUUUUGGGUCAUGAUGCCGCCAAUUCUCGCCUCUAUGGCACUUACAUUUUUCUGUUACCCUCUCGUCUGCUAUCAUAUCGGGAUAAGUCCCGAGCGAUCCAUUGGCUUCAUCGGUAGGCUGGUCACUUUAGCUCUUGGAACACCCCUUAUCUCAACAUUAGGAGGGUCUGUAUCGCUUAUGGCUGUUUGCACGAUAUUGAGUGGUAUACUAGGCGUUCUUGUGGGCGACGCUUUCUUCAAACUUUUGAAAGUGCCGCAAGAAGAUUAUGUUACACGUGGAGUGACUUUGGGAAUCAAUUGUGGAGCUAUUGCGACGGCUCAUCUAUUGAACGUGGACCCUAGAGCAGCAUCCAUGAGCUCUUUAAGCUUUAGCAUUUUUGGAACAGUGAUGAUCAUACUCGCCAGUAUAAACGCGGUUCGCGAACUUAUUAGAUCGUGGGUAGGACUCUGA